AUGGGCCCCGAAGCGACAGCCUACUUGCACGGCCAUGUGUAUACCGUGGAUGAGAGGAGACCGUGGGUAGAAGCUUUCAUUGUGUCCGCAUCAGGGCGCUUUGAAGCCAUUGGAGCAAACGACGAGAUCCUGAACCUGGCCAAAAGCCGGAACCUAACCACGUACGACCUAGAGAAUGCCUUUGUGAUGCCCGGAAUCCACGACGCACACACCCACCUGCUGCUGGCCUCGAUGCAAAAGCUGAACGAGAUCGAUAUUGGGUCAGACAGUACGGCGGCGACAAUUGCAGAGAAGAUCAAGAAAGGACAGAGUGCCUGUGUCUGUGCCCACGCUCAUGUCCGCGGAGACUGGCUCAUUGCCAACUUCUACGCUGGGCAGAACUUCCCGGACGGGAAGAUUGACCGGAAAUACCUGGAUGACGCCUUCCCAGAUCGACCAUUGCUCGUUCGAGAUGUUUCCUGUCACAAUGUCGCCAUGAAUAGCGCCGGCCUCAAGCAUGCUGGGUAUGAUCUCACAGAAGAGACGGAUCCUGACGGUGGGAAAUAUAUGCGUCGACCGGACGGGAGCUUGACGGGAGAGCUGGUGGAAGCUGCCGCCGCACAGGCUUUGACCAGGCUCCCCCAACCGCCUGUCUCGUAUGUGAAGGAAGCUAUUCUGUAUGGGAUACGCAUGUCUCAGCGAUUUGGAAUUACUUCGGUUCAAGAGGCAUCCGCAAACACCAUCUAUCUGCGGGCUCUUCGCGAAUUGGAACAAGAAGGUCGACUCGAUAUGGAUGUUUUCCCCCACAUUGUCGAUGCCCCGACCAUGUUCGCUGCUGAAAGCCCGGAGUCCUUGCAGCAUCUGAUCAGUAUCGCCGAUUCGUUUCGCAGUGAACAUGUGCACACUCGUUUUGUCAAAUUCUGGAUGGACGGCGCACCGUUACCACCUCAUUUCACACAUUGCGACCUGGGGCCGGAUGGUACCCCUGAUGAAAAUCGGUUGCUAAUAGAUUUUGAUGCCUUGUUAGGUGCCGUCACACAGCAUGACGCCAUGGGGAUGACCUGUAAAAUUCACUGUGCCGGCGAGGGUUCUGUCAGACGUGCACUAGACGUCCUAGAAAUCGUCCGGCAAUCAAACCCUACAGGCCCACGGCAUGAAUUGGCUCAUUGCAAUGCAGUCCACCAAGAUGAUAUCUUCCGGAUGGCAAAGCUCCGAAUCACUGCCGAGAUGUCACCUGCAAUUUUUCACGAGACAGAGCUCACAUCCAACUUCCCUCAUAUUUUCAGAUGGCCGUUCAAGGAGCUCAAGGAUGCUGGAGUUCAUGUAACCAUCGGUUCUGACUGGUUCCUGCCCCCGACGCCAGACCUCUUUCCCGCUCUGUCAGCCAUUGUGGAACGGUUUGGCCCAGAAACAGGCAAAACGGCCAAAGAGGUCGGCGGCGAGAAAGUCUGUCGGAUGAUCACGUUGGCUGGAGCAGAGGCUGUAGGUAAAGAGAAAGAGAUGGGCAGUAUUGAAGUUGGCAAGAAGGCGAACUUCAUUGUGGUUGAUCGAGAUUUGAGCCGAGGGGAAUUUGCCAAUGCGAAAGUGCUCAAAACUUGGUUCGAGGGGAAGAUAGUCUGGGAAGACGGAAGGACAACUGUCUGA